AUGCAGAGAGAGCUUAGCCGAACGCUCAAGAGCGCGCUCUACCUAGCCACAUGGAAGGGGACUGAAGUGGUGAUGAAAUGUGUGGAGGUCCCGGACAGUUUCGACAGGACCGACGAACCCAAAAGAAAGACUUCUAAGGAACACUUCGAUCCAACUGCAUCACGUGCGCUCCACGCCUCCGAGGUCAACCAGGAUCUGUUGGAAGAGUUGCUGCACGAGAUCGAACUCCUCUCUUCUCUGCGGCACCCAGACUUGGUGUUGUUCAUUGGUGCAUGUCUGGACAAGGACUCUCCGGUGAUGUGCAUCACAGAGUACAUGCCCGGUGGGGACCUGGAGCGUCACUUCAUGGCCAUGCGCCGGAAGCAUCAAACAAAUAUUUGGCGGCCGGCUUUCAAGCAGAUUCUGGACUGGUCUUUGGCGGUUGCACGUGCGCUCAGCUUUCUGCACACCCGAGACGAGCCCAUCAUUCACCGCGAUCUCAAGCCGCUAAAUUUGUUGCUGACAAAACAUGGCGAAGUCAAGAUCGCAGAUCUCGGCAUCUCAAAGAUGAUGGCAGCAGUGGCCGGUGACGUGUACCACAUGACCGGUGGAGUCGGCAGUUGGCUCUACAUGGCGCCAGAAGUCGUCAGGCAUCAGCAGUACAACGAGAAGGCUGAUAUCUACGCCUUUGCUUUAAUCCUGUACUUCAUGAGCUCGGGACGCCACCCCUUCCACGAGAUAUCGAAAGAUCCGGAAAUGGUCUUGAAACAAAUUGCCCAAGGCAAGGAACCGAGGCCCAAUACUGCCGAGUGCCAUGCUCUGCUACGUCCGCUGAUGGACGAAAGUUGGCAU